CUCCGCCUCCCGCCGCGGCGGUCGGGGCGACGUCCGACCUGGGCGCGCCGCUAAUGCGCCGCUCGGGAGAGCGACCCCGAGUUGCCUGGUGGCGGGUUCGAGUCUCGCCUCUUCACCCUCGCCUCCACCCACGAGUCCGGGGCGGGGCGUAGCCGCCGGUCUUCACUGCACCGCGAGGGGCGGCGCCGCAGCUCGGACUUCAGCAUGGAGGACUACCUGCAGGGUUGUCGAGCUGCUCUUCAGGAGUCCCGGCCGCUGCAUGUCGUGCUGGGAAAUGAAGCCUGCGACUUGGACUCGACAGUGUCAGCCCUUGCCCUGGCUUUUUACUUGGCAAAGACUACGGAGACUGAGGAAAUAUUUGUGCCUAUUUUAAAUAUUCAACGUUCCGAGCUGCCGCUGCGAGCUGACAUCGUGUUCUUCCUUCAGAAGGUGAACAUUCCAGAAUCCCUCUUGAUUUUCCGGGAUGAGGCUGACUUGCAUGCUUUGCACCAGGCUGGCCAGCUCACUCUCACCCUUGUCGACCAUCAUGUUUUACCCAAAGCUGACGCAGCCCUGGAGGAGGCCGUGGCAGAGGUGCUGGACCACCGGCCUGUGGAGCAGAAGGCGCAUGUGCCCUACCCAAUGUGCGUGGAGCUGGUGGGCUCCUGCGCUACCCUGGUGACGGAGCGGAUCCUGCAGGGGGCGCCAGAGAUCCUGGACCAGCAGACUGCAGCUCUUCUACAUGGAACAAUCAUCCUGGACUGUGUCAACAUGGACCCCAGAGUGGGAAAGGCAACCCCGAAAGACAGCAGAUAUGUGGAGAAGCUGGAGGGCCUCUUCCCAGAUCUGCCCAAGAGGAAAGACAUCUUUGAUUUUCUACAAAAGGCAAAAUUUGAUGUGUCAGGACUGACCACUGAGCAGAUGCUGAGGAAGGACCAGAAGACCAUCUUCAAACAGGGCACCAAGGUGGCCAUCAGUGUCAUCUACAUGGACCUGGAGGCCUUCCUGCAGAGGCCUGGCCUCAUGGCCGAGCUCCACACGUUCUGCCAGGCCCAUGGCUACGACGCCCUGAUCGCCAUGACCAUCUGUUACACACCGCACAGCGAGCCCGUGCGCCAACUGGCCGUUUUCUGUCCUCCUGCGGCUCUGCAAGCAACAAUCUGUAGAGCGCUGGAAAGCUCGCAUGCGCCAGCCCUGAGGCUUACCCCUCUCCCCAGCACCCACCCAUACCUCCAGGCCUAUCUUCAGGGAAAUGCCCAAGUCUCUCGCAAGAAGGUCCUGCCUCUGCUCCAGGAAGCCUUGUCAGCGCAUUCUGACUCUGUGAAUGUCCCUUGCUGGCAGCCGGAGACAGGAGGUGUGUCCAGGGAGCAAAUGGACAAGGAACUGGACAAGGCAGGACACUCCCUGGCUCCGGGGCUGAGUCAGGAUGAGGAGGAGCCCUCGCUGCCCCCCACGCCCAUGAACAGCUUGGUGGACGAGUGCCCGCUCGAUCAGGGGCUACUGAAGCUCUCGGCUGAUGCCAUCUUUGAGAAAUGCUGCCAGAUCUCCCUCUCCCAGGCCAAGAAGUGACCACCAUGGGGAGAGAAGAGGGCCAGGCAUGCACGCCCGGAAAUGCAUGCUUCGAGCUUGAUGGGAGCUGGUGUUCUGAUCUCAUCAUGCUGCAGGAGGAGGCAGGCGAGGAGGCCAACUGCCCUGUCCUGGCCCCCCAGCCACACUCGGUAUUUAAUUUAUUUCCUUUAAUCAGCACUGACUUUCCUCUCUUUCCUUUGCUUGGGGCACAAGGUCAUGCCUGCACAGUCCCAGCAGAGCUGCACAAAAAAUGAAUGUGUACCCAAAGGGUCCUUAGACUCUUAACACAAUCACUCUCCGUCUUGGAGCCCGGAUUCAGCAUCUCAGUAGUCACUCACUGUAGUCACGGCUCUCUCUGUGCUCAGUCAGUAGGACUGGGAGCUGGAGAGAGCAUAGAAUGUGCUUUGGAAACAUGGAUUUGCAACUGCCCCAGUGCCAGGACAUCUCCUGCAUGCCCCAAGAUCUUACUGUGAUGGCUCCGUUUCUAUUCUGGGCUGGGGGCUGGGCUGCUCCCAGCUCACUUUGGGAGCAGAUUUGACACUGUUUUCCUUGGUCCUCCCCUGCUGGCCUGCCUCUCCAUUUCCAUGCUUCUGACCCCGGGGACCCUGCAGGAGCCAGGAGCACUGGUUUGUGAGUUCGGGAGCCUCCACAAGCCCCACCACCUCUUGGGAAUAAGUCCCGGAAGCUGCAGAUCUCCCAAGAGCCCAGACUGCCUCUGCGGGCCCAGGCCUUUCUCUUCCAUCCUGUUCUCUUCCUGCUCCUCCUGUGAAAGCAGGGAGAGUUCUCAUCCUGGGACCUGAUGAUGGUGCAAUGGGCCAGCCGAUGGCCUUGCACACGGCCGACCCAGGUUCAGUCCCCAGCUCCCCUGGGCACAGGAUCCAGGAGUAAAUCCUGAGCACCGAAAGGUGUGGUCCUAAAAAAAAACUAAAACCAGUUCUCACCGGGUAGCCCUGACUGUUGGCUGGUAAGAUCCUCCUCGCUACUCGGUUCCCGUCUGGGAAGUCAAGAACCUGGGUUGUCUCUGGGAUUCCGUGGUCUGCCCCUUGCUUCUAUUCCUCUGCUACUGGUUUUUGUUGUUUAUUCUGUUUUCCCUGGGAAUGUGCAGGGUCGCUGGAUUGUCCACGUUUCUAUGUGAUUGUACCAAGGGACCCUGCUGAUGUCGCAUGUACAGGGUAUGAUGAUCCAUACUCAAGGGACCCGCAUGGAGUCUCCCAUUGACAUGUUCUGCAUGUGUUAGUUCCCUCCCCACUUCACCCCCGCUUUCUGUGUGUGUCCCCCUGCCCACCACCUCCGCCCUGCCCCCAUGCCCUGUGGGUGCCUGCAGUGGCCCUGAGCAGUAGAUCUGUGAUGGUUUGGGCAUGUCCAGUGUGAAGGGGCUGGUUUGACUUCACUUUGAGGGAAUGGUGUUAUAGACAGACAUUAGAAGCUUAAAAUAGUGUGAUUACUGAACCAAAGGAAUUUAUGUUUUGUAACUUGGGUACUUUGUUUUGCAUUUUGUUAAGGUAUUAAAUACUUUUUUUCUCCUGUU